AUGCAGGGCAUCGGAUUGUUUCUUUCAGCGCCCUGCCAGAACGGGGGCACUCACAACGGGAUCAAAUGCAUCUGCCAAGACGGUUACUACGGCUCCCAGUGUGAAAACAGCAAUUGCAAGAACGGGGGCACCUGGAGCAAUGGUGGAUGCCUAUGCCCGUCCAGUUUUCAGGGUCCUGAGUGCCAAUACGCUUCUGAAGUCAUCGAGGUCAAAGCCGAGGUGAACGUAACUCUGGACGUGAAGCUACAGAUCACCAACCAUGAAUUCAUGCCUGAGCUGGCGGACAACACAACUCAACAGUACAAAACGUUUACCUCGAACUUCAAACAGCAGAUGAAGUUGGUUUACAGCAACGUCCUGGGGUACAAAGACGUGGAGAUCCUGAAACUGACGCAGGGCAGCGUCGUGGUGGAUCACAUUGUCAUCCUGGCUUUACCUGUCACCGAGGAACUCAACACAAACUUUGAGAAAGUGGCUGGGCAGCUGAAGACGCAGAUAGAGACGGCGGCUGAGAACCAGAACUGCGACGGCAGCUCCUCCAUGUGUCUCAACGCCUCCUCCGCUGAAGUCUCCAAGGGGACAAUGCCAGUGUUCAACGUCACCGAGUACUGCCAGAAAGCUGCCCCCGAAGGCUAUGGGCAGUUCUACUUCCCUAACCUCACCAAGUCCGGCCUCUCCUGCAUCUCCAACUGCACCAAGAGCACCCCCGGCUUCAUUAACUGCAACUACGGGCAGUGCCAGCUGACGAAAGCCGGCCCCCAGUGCAUCUGCUCAGAGCAGGAGUUGUACUGGUACCCCACGGAACGCUGCACCACUCGUGUCAGCAAAUUGGGUGUCGGUCUGGGCAUGGCCAUCGCAGUGCUGGUGAUCGUGAGUGCAGUCCUCGGUGCCUUUCUGUUCAGAGCCAAGAGGACAAAAAUCCAGUUCAGCCUGCACUUGGACGAUGACAGCGUUGAGAAGUGGUACGAGAACGACUACAGCGAAUGGAACACUGCCGGGAGCUUCUGCAUCAGGAACGAAGGAGCUGACUCUGACAAAGGUUCGGAUGGCACCGGCUCCUUCAAGGUUAACAUGGAAUCCGUCGACACCUCUCUCCCGGUGCACAUCCAGAGGCCGGAGAUUGUCGUAACCCAGCUGUGAGCCGGUCCAGGCCCCAGGGCACUAGGGAGGAGCGGGGGAUGCAGCCUGAGGCACCACGGACCCCCGGAGAAGAGCAGAAAUGUUUCCACACUGCAGCCCAGGGAGGAUGGAGGGGCCAGGAGGGGAGGCCAGGCAGCACAGGGGCUGGACAGCUGCAGGGCAUCAUCUUCGGGGAGUCUCCUCGCCUCAAACAUCCUCCUCCCUCAGCGACCACCCUCCACAUCUGCCCGGUCCCCAGUCCCGGCUCCCCUGUCUGGGACACCAGGGCCCUGCUGCUGGGGUGUCGGUGGCGCUGCCUGAUGCCCCCCCCCCCUCAGCCCCCAGGAACGGUUACUGAGAUGGGGUUCUGGAGGAGCCGAUUCUCCUCUCGCCCCUGUGAAAAUCAGGAGUAACUCUGCUGGGGCAAAUUCCCCUCUCGCUCCCCCUGUGAAAAUCAGGAGUAACUCUGCUGGGGCAAAUUCCCCUCUCGCUCCCCCUGUGUAAAUCAGGAGUAACUCUGCUGGGGUCUAUGAGGCCGUUUCCCCCCCCCCCCCCCCGCACUUGCCCUGGUGUAGCACAGGGAACGUGAGCUCAGAAUCAGGCCCCUCCAGCGGGGGUGUUCGCCCUGCCCCUGGCGGGAUGGGAGCUUUAGCGGUUCCAGAGGCUGAUUCUGCAGCAACAGCCCAGCCGAUCUCUGCAGGCACGAUGCAGAUUUUCCCGUCCACCUCCACCCUCGCCCCGCCGACCCCAGCACAAGGGCCAGCCUUAGGGAAAACGAUGCCGUGGGUGAGUGUGUAUUUUGGUGUU